AUGGCGGGGUUGUUCGCGAGGCCGGCACAGGCAGGCGGAGUACAGAGGGAUGCGCAGAGGCAGGCAGUGUUUCUUGAGUUCAAAGCCGUCUGCGUCUCUCUCCUGGACGCCGCUCGCCAGUCUCCAGUCGCUAAGACCAACCGGACGAUCGUCGACUUGCUCAGCAAGCUCACGAGGCUAAUCGAAGAAGCGCCGGACGAAUCAGUCACUCCCGCCCUCGCGAACUACGCCUUCUUCCCGCUCGCCUCGCUUCUCCAGCCGGCUCUCGGCGGCGCAGACCGCGGAGACCUCGUCCUCGAGGCGACUGCGAUGACUCUCGCAGCCUUGGUACCGAAAUGGCGAAGCGCAGGGAUGGAGCCGCGGGUCAGGCAGGAGCUGUGGAUCAUGGUUACGCUCAAGCUGGGAGGGCCGCUGGAUCCGCAGGGGCCGAAGCAGGCUGGCAAGAUGGACAAGGGCAAGGCAAAGGCUAUCGAGCGAACCGAGGAAGCAGAGCUCGCGCUCGUGCGAGUACUGCUUGCCCUCAUGCGACCAGCUGGAAGGGAGAAGGCGUCGCUGGGACAAGACGAGGACUCGCUCGGCGAGGACAUCGACUGGGACAAGGUCGACCCGUCAAACCCUUCCUCCUUCGACCGGCCAUCGCUCGUCCACAACGAUCGACCGCCGCCCGUACCGAUCCUGUUCCACACCUUGACAACUCUCCUUACUCUCGCUGCCGAACCGACGUCCCUCCUCCAGCUCCAGCUUUCGUCGCUUGAAGCCCUUGGCAUCCUCUUCGCUACCUACCUUUCGCGCCAUGACCUAUCGCCCGUCUCCGCAUCCCCGAGCGGCCCCUCUCCCCUUCUCGCGACCGCCCUUCCCGGCAGCGCCUCGACCCUUUCGCGCAUCGCCGUCUCAAAGCCUAGCAUCUCUCAGCGAGCCGACCAGGACCACCGGCGGAGACAGGCGAUUCCGGUAGUCGUCGCUGCUCUCGAGUGUCUGGCGCGACUGAUCAUCCAGACUGUCGGUGACGGCCUCACGUCCGAUCUGCGGGGCAAGGAUGAGUCGCAAGGACAAGCGCCGCCGGCGUCUCUAGAGGAGCUGGUCUUUGGACAGCAUUUGAACGGAUCAAGCGCGGACGAGAUGGACGAGGAGAGCGGCGAAGCGGGUCCUUCCACGUCCGCCGAACCUCCUCAAGCGCCUCCAACCGGGCCAACGGUACCCACAUCCUCUUGGCUGCGCUUCACCGUCUUCUCCCUCUCGACGCUCUUCUCGGCUCUCUCGCCUCUCGCUUCGCACGACUCGCCCACCCUCCGGGCGGCCCUCGUCGACUUCUUGUCCAUCGUCGUCUCACGGUGCGGGAAAACCCUCGACCAAGCGGUCGAAGGACCGCUCGAAGGUCUUCUGCUUCUCGCCGGCGACGAAUGGGACGAUGUUCGAGGUCCGGCCCGUCGCGCCCUUCUCGCCGCCUUCAGUCAAUCAACAGACGAUACCAUCGAGUUGCGACAUCCUCUCACUCUCGCCGCCCGCAUCGUCCGACGACGCCUGACGGGCCUACCCCGUUCGCUCCGCCAACGAGACGAGCAAGCCGUCCGUCACGGCGCAGGCAUCGUCCGCUCGGCACUCGAGCUCCUGCCGACAUUCCAGGCGGGCAAUGCGGGCGCGGGACUCCUCGAGGGAAUUGACCGGUGGAGCUGGACGCUGCUUGACGCGAUUGAGCUUGAGCGAGUUCCGGCAGCGGGACGGGCGGUCGAAGGCGGGAUGGCGCUCGCUUGGAUCACUGGCGCGGAUGCUACCGACACGAAUCAGACGGCGGCGACGUUCCCGCCGAUCCGUCUGCGCGGGAUCAGCGAGUCAGAGACGGUCGACGCCCUCGACUCGCUCUGGCAAGCGCUUGGUCGAAUGGCGGCGUCGAGCGAGCGACUCGGCGACGUCGCUGAGCAGUUCCUCGGCGUCGCGCUCGGUCCGAGACGCGGCGACCCGGCGGCGGUGACUUCGCUCUGGGUCCUGGACGGCGUCUUGCGAGGUGCACGGGUGGACCAGAUCUCGAAGACGAACAAGAAGGUCUUGCGGCAGACUGGACGGGCGGUGCUCUCUCUACUCGAGGAGCUGGAGGAGGAUGUCGACGUCGACGCGCCUACGGACGAGGCGACUACGCGAAACGACGUUGAUGUCAAGCACCUCGAGGUCGCAGAGACGGAUGGAGCAGUGCCGCAGCUCAUCGUGCAUAAGGCGGGCGUCGUUGAGACGCCUUCUCUCGACGAGUACAAGCCCAUCGCGUCCGUCUCGAGCUUACGGGACGCACGAGCCUCCCAGCGACUUCUCCUCGAGGCGCUCGCCCUGCGACUUCUCGCCACCAACGCAUCGUUGCUCGGCUCCUCCUUCCAGCCGUUCCUCAUGCAGGCGCUCUACCAUGUCCUCGCACACCUGUCGCCAACGACACAUCCUUCCCUCCGAGCAUACGCCCAGGCAACCCUGCAAGCUGUCUCCGACGCGACCGCCUACGCCUCGCCACAGAACCUCGUCCUCGCCAACGUCGAUUACGUCGUCAACUCGGUCUCUCAGCGCCUUUCCGUCUCGCGACUCGAGCCCGCCGCCCCGCUUGUCCUCGUCGAGAUGAUUCGCCUCGUCGGCAAGCCUAUUGUUCCGAUGGUCCAGGACCUCGUGGACGACGUCUUCGAAGCUCUCGACGACUUUCAUGGGUACGACGAGAUCACCGUUGGCCUGUGGGCUGUCCUCGAUGCGCUCCUCAAAGUCAUGGAGGAGGACUUGCCGCCGCGGAGUCGAGCAGCGAAGUAUGGUGCGCAAACGGGCGCCGACGCCGACUGGCGAGCGUUCGAGGAGUGGUACCGCACGCAUCGAGAUCAGGCAAAGGACGACGAGGACGACGUCGAGGAGAUCAACCCGGAGAGACCAUUCGAGUCCGGCUUCAAGAGCAACAAGGAGCGCGAAGACGGGCCGGUAGAAUUCGCUUCCGACACCGUCUCGCCUCCGACAAGGCCGCAAGUCGUCACAGCACAAAUCCUCUCGAAGGCCAUGUACUUCCUCUCGCACCAGUCGCCGUUCCUUCGCGCUCGCGUCCUCUCCCUCAUCGCCUCGGCCGUCCCUCUCCUCGCUCGUCCCGCCCUCGAGGCCACCACGACUGCCGGCACACGAGCAUCGGACCUGCUUCCCAUCAUCCACCGCGCUUGGCCGUUCAUCCUCAAUCGCCUGGCCGACUCGGAGCUCUUCGUCGUCGUCGAGGCGGCGGCUCUCAUCGAGGCGCUCGCUUCGCAUGUGGGCGAGUUCAUGGCUCGACGUAUUCUCGACGAUGUCUGGCCUCGCUUUCGAACUUUGCUCGCGAAGCAGGAGCUCGAAGACCGCAAGUCUGCGAUUUCCAGCUCGACGCGCUACUCGUCAUCGCACCGACUGUAUCGCUCGAUUUUGCGGACACUCCUGCAAGUCGCGCGAGACGUUCCGCUCAAGGAGGACGUCCUGUGGGAGCAGGCAGUUCUCGCCCGCCGCUUCCUCAGCGCCAAGGUCGACCCCGAACUGCAAGUCUGCGCGAGCGAACUGUACAAGGCGCUCGGCCUGAUCAACCCGGACGCGAUAUGGCUCGUGCUCGCUGGUACAGUCAGGCUUGAUGCGUCGUUUCCGGCACAUUUGCACAUGCCCAAUCUCGACUUUGGCCCAAACGUCGAUUUGCUUCUCGAGCAGCUGUAA